AUGCGACUUCACCACGAGGAAUCGUACGACGGCCUGGAUUCCCGUGAGGCGACGCUGCGACGCAACGCACUCAGAUACUUGUACUCGCUCGACCGGUCAAACUCCUCGCUAAACGGCAAAAAGCAAAACUUGAACGAAUUGCGCUUGCAAAGCCCUGUCAUCGCUGGCUUCAGUUUUGAUGAGCGUAUAUCGUUGCUUGAUCGACAUCGACCAGAGAAUGAAGGCUGUUUUGAGAGAUAUCUCAUGAUGGGAUUUCAAAGGAACUAUGAGCUUUGGAGACAUGGUUUUGGCAUUUUGUUUGAUCUGGAUCUUUUCCUGUCUGCGAAUUCUCGGGUGUCUGACGACCGGGUUCUAGAUAUUGCACAGAUGCGCAGUCUAACGGAUUCAUUUUUGCGCUUCUCCAGUAUCCUCGAUGAUGUACCGGAAUUUGUUAUGUCACCAACGACGAUCUGCAACCCUGACAAACUGCGUGAGAAGUAUCAAAGACUCGCAUUUUGGAUUCAAAAGUCCAACAUCCUGCUCUCAUACUAUUUUCUGCAACUGUUCGUUCUCAAUCGCUUUGCAGCUGCUGACCUUCUUAGUCUGUUAGGAUUGAGUAACGAUCGAUUAUCGAUAGACUGGAAGAAAAUUGACAUCGCGCAUGAGGUACUCAAUUUAAUGAAAACAGUUCCUCUGCAAGCGCUACAUGCGAAUGGUGAGCCUGGGGCUGAGAAGCUUCGGUACAUCUGCGCUACUCUGCUUGAGGUGAUGCAAGGGCAAGAAUCGGUUCAGGUCCUUGCAAGGGCAAAGAAACACUUCUUUGGAUUGCUGGAUUAUCUGUCGAGGCUAAACUCGCAAGUGUCUGACAAACUGGCACGACUGUACGAAACAACAGAAGCUUCUAGCUAG